AUGAGACUCAGUCAACAAACACAACAAUUAUUAGCAAGCAUUGAAGAUCGAAAAGACAUUGAUUGGAUGGAUAUCAUCGCUGAUUUACAAACUGAUGUAAUCAAGACAUUUCUCGGAGAAGAUGCAACACAUGAUGAAAUUCAAUAUGGUCUAAGUAUAUUACGAAGUGCUCAUCAGAUAUAUGCAGAUGACAAGGAAUUUCAUAAUUUAUCUCUUUAUGUUCGACAUAAUCGUGCAAAAAGAGGAAAUCUUCGUGUUGGUGAUCCAGCUAUUGACAUCGACUUACUAAAUAUGAAUGGUGAAUCUGUUUCAUUAUUGUCUCAUUGUAAUCCCAAUCGACCAUUAUUGAUUCUUGCUGGUUCAUAUACUUGA